AAUGAAAAAUGGCUACUGUUUGGUGUAUGUUUUGUUGACAUUGUUAAGCUGGAACGGUCGUUUCCAUCUUUAAUUUAGUUUUUCAUUAACUUAUUUAUUAUUCUACCUGGACAUUAGGUUUAUGUAUUUGGCUGGAGAAGAUGCAUGAACUUUAUGCAGGGUUUCUGUUGGUGAUUUUAUCUUCAUGUCAGAGUUUAGAAGGAUCAGAUGUGAAAUGUCCUGAGCAGAACAGUGCAUUUGUCCAUGGAUCCCUGACAGAAUAUCACUACGAUCGGCAGAUGAUUGACUAUGAAUGUCACGAAGGGUACACACUAAUAGGAGUUGCCAAACAAAUUUGUGGAGAUGAUGGGAAGUGGCAUCCAGCUAAGAGACCCGAGUGUAUUUUGAAAGAUGUAAUGUGUCCUGAACAGACCAGCCCGUUUACUCAUGGCACUUUCCGAGUGUUCCAGUUCAAGAGACAGAUGAUCGAUUAUGAAUGCCAUGUAGGAUUCCAGCUUGUUGGUUCCUCCAGACAGAUGUGUGGUGAUGAUGGCAUUUGGCAUCCGGCAGAAAGACCAUUCUGUAUACCUGCAAAAGAGUGUGCUAGUCCACUUCACAUGUUAAAUGCUGACCUGCGGUAUAACAGCAACUCGUGGCCGAAGCGUGUGGGUGAUACUGCAACGGUGAUCUGCAAGCCGGAGUACACAACUUCUGAUAAUAAAUACAAGGAAAGCUACAAAAUAGUGUGCAGCGAGGCGGGAGUGUGGACCAUGCUGAAUGGGAAGACAAGUUUAGCGCAGUGUGCAUUGAAACGAUGUCCCAUCCCACCAACUGUUCCAAAUGCUCACUACAGUUACAGCUCUUAUGCACCUUUAAUGGGAGAAGACUCCCGAGUCAAGUAUAAAUGCUUUAUUGGAUACAAAAUUGUGGAUGAGAAUGCUACCGAUCUUGUCUGUCAAGAUGGAGAAUGGGUUGGCCCAAUUCCUAUAUGUGUUCGCACCCAGCUUUGUCCCUUACCCAAGUCUGUUUUAUUUGGAUACUGGGAUUCUCUUGGUACGGUAAAGCACAUCCCAGGAGAGUAUGAGGUGGGUGCUAGGGUGCGCUACUACUGCAACAGUGGGUAUCGACUUGUGGGCUCUCGAGUUCUGGAGUGCACCAGCUCACAGGAGUGGUCCAGUAUUCCUCCAAGAUGUCUACUUAGUUCAGAACGAACAUUUUACUGUCCUUCUAUUAGCAAGAUCAAAAAUGGUUACUGUAAGUGCCAUGAUGUGAACGACCAUGACCUUCAUUUGUGUCAGCCGUUUUAUAGAGGGGUGAAGGUUGAUUGUCGGUGUGACGAAGGAUACCAGCUGGAUGGAGAACCUGUGUUGACGUGUAUAGACAGUAACGAUGUGGAACUGGGGGCGUGGGACAAUGAUCAGCCAUUCUGUGUGAAAGAAAGUGGUACUAAUGGAGUGUCUGUUAACACGUACUCGACUGGCGACAUCACAGAUGGUAAGAACCACGUCAGCACUCUGGUAAUCGUCAUUGCAACAGCCUGCAGUGUUCUUGGAGUCCUGUUGCUAAUCAUGGUUAUUGUCGUAUUUCGGCGGAGAAAGCCACGACCGCAUCUGUUCCACCCAGGCAUGACUCCGCCACCGUACGCUCGAGUCCACAGCGGUUCCAUGGAUGAGCAUGAUCGACUGGCUUUGAUGGCCUACGCAGAUCAGACGAGAAUGCAUCUGCCGUCGUACGAAGAGGCCACCUCCGGUCAGUGUGGUCAGAAUGCAGGCAUCAACUCUCAGCAGUCAGCCCAGCCACCACUGGACUACAGACCCCUACCUAGCAUUCCACCAGCAUUACGUGCAAACGCCGCACAAACUCAGGGAGAUAACACUAACAGACAUUCUACUGUGACCACCAGUACCAUGAACAGGGACGGAACGUCGGAAAUAUUUGGUUCCCUCGACACGGUUAACGUGAGCAUGAGUGAUGCUUCGACGUCGGUUACCGUGGAAACGUACGACAGUGGCACAUCAACAAGGUCAGCUUCUUCCCAGCAGGCCCGGGCAGGCAGUUUGACUUCUUCUGAUGAUAAUCUUGCAAAUGAUGAUGCACCAUUGCUGGACAAUACCGGUCAAACUAUUAGUAACUCAUCCAGUGAUAGUUCAAUCCAGAGUCAAGAACAAAAAGACGAUUAAAUGUGCACAUAAAUAUCAAAAACCAUUAAACAGGAGACAUUUGUCUGCGAAAAAACCAAAAUGUUUAAUGUAGUAAGAGAUGUUUCUUGUAACACUAGCAGGUAUUGAGGAUGGUGUGUGUUUAUUAGUGUUUGUGGGUGUGCAUGGGUGUGCAGACCGACGAGGUGAGAAUCUGACUCACUGUUAAAAGAUUAUGUUGGGGUGAAAACCAAGACUUGUGUUGAAACAUUGUCAGUAAAAUGUAGAUUGUUCUUCCAUGUUAUGGUUUGUAGUAACUGAAUACUCAAGAGUCAGACUAAACCAACCUACAAUGAACUCAUUUUGAUUUUUCAGCCAUUUUAAAAAGGCAUCCAUCUUUGAAAAAGAUCAAAGCAAUUCAUCUGGUGACAAAAAUGCUAUUCUAUGAUUAUUAUUUUUUACUCGGCUGUGCUUUAAAAAAAUAUGCUUAAUUCAUUACAGCAGCACUGUAGUGUGGUUGCUUGAAGAAAACUUUCUCUUUUUUUGUCGAUGCAUCUUCUGUACUGUGAAGCAGUGGCAGUUCAUUUAAUUACUUGAGAAUUAUCAUUACAUUGACCUAAAAAGAUAUCAUUUUCAAUUUCUGGGAAACGGUGGACAUUUUACUGAAAAAGUAGAAAAUAAUAAUAGGUUGAAAAAUGUUUAUUGGAAAAAGAAGUAUCUGAAAUGGUUACGUACUUGUUCAGAAACUGAAAACUGGAGAUCGCGAAAAAACGUGAUUUUUAAAUUAAAGAAUCUGAAUUGAGGUGGGUGUUUUUCAUCUUAAUUUAUAGGCUUUGUUAUUUAUGUGCAGUUAAUCAACCAGAAAACAAAAAGUAUUUUAUUGUAGGUUAACGCACAACAUCAUUGUUUGAUGUUAUAAUAUGUUUCCUGUAUACAUGAUCUAAGCUGUACCCUCAAAAGUAAAAGUAUUAGCCAUUUGACCAUUUUGGUUAGAAAAUCUGUAACCAAAUUGAACUUCUAGUUUGCCAAAGAAAAACAAGGCUAAAAUAAAGCUCUUUAAAGAACUCAUUACUGAUUUUCGAAUUAGCUUUUUGACAAUAUACUAAGGAAAUAUAUUCACCAUAUUCAGAUUCAUUUCGUGUUUGUUAUUUGGCAAAUGAUGGUUAAAAACCCUUUGUGUAUCCAUGUGUUUCUACAAAAAAUAAUUUUUGGUUGGUGUUUUAUACAGACUUGUUUAGAUAUAUAACAGAGCCUAUAAACCUAUUAUGAAAAAUAAGUUACAUUUUGAAAUAAGAACGUAUCUGGGACCAACAGCUGCCAGGGUUGAUAGUAAAGUGUAGUAACAUGAUUGACUGAAACAACAUUUACUGGAACAAUUUAAAAAUAGCAACAUUUAAUUCUAGAAUGAUUUUGAAGUAGUUAAAUGAAUAAUUCUUUUGUUGCAGUCAUUCUCAUUUCUGGAAGAAGAAAAAGGUUUAUUCUGUACAUUAUAUUCAUCCAUUAAUGUUGAUUUUAUGCAAGUAAUUUAUUCAUAUUUCUCCUAGUAAGUAGACUGUUUUCCACAUUCCAAAGCACUGUAUGCACCACACUCUUGUACAUACUGUUUAUUCACUUACAACAUAUCCCCAUGCUCUUUAACCUAGGUUCUUAUUUUAUACAGAGGUACUCUUUAAGAACAUUCACAUUUUAUUGUAUAAUCACACAGUUGUGGUGUGUUGGUAAGUUUUUUCUUCUCUUUGAGGCCACUAUUGUAUGGGUUAGUUAUACCUGUAUCAUCACUGUGGAACUUUAUAUUGACACAUUACAGUUAAAGAAAAUCAAACUCAUAUUGGGAAUGUUUUUCUUUUUUUUUCUUUUUAAAUCUUAUUUUGCUGACCGUAACCCAACAGAUCUUUUUUCAAUGUAUUCUUGAUGUUUUGAAAUUGUAUACUUCGUGCCAUUUAUGUAUGUUAAACAGAUUCCUUUUUUUAUGUUCAAAUGUACAAACACAAGUACCGGAACCCACCUUAAUGUUAUAUCUGUGAUAGUAUGAGGCCAGUGUACAAAAUAAAUGAUUAAAUUAUUGGAAUAUAUGUCUUGAAAUAAUAAAGGCUCUACUUUUUUUCCCAAACUCUAAACCAAGAAACCAUAGAAUGGGCCGAAUUUACUAAGCCUGUUUUUCUUAAAUGUGGUGUGUAAGCAUUAUAAAUGUGUAAGACAAAAACAGGAUUUGUAAAUUCAGCCCACUAUGUUUAAAGUUUACUCUUGUAGAUCUGCAACUUUUCAAAACAUUUGUCUCAUCCUUUUUAGAAAGCUUAAGAUACUGGUUAUCUGUUUUCUAUGGUACUGUACUUUAACUGUGCAUCCCUUACAAAAUAGUUAUAAUAAUAAAUGGUGUUUUCCCUACUAAUAAAGAAAUUGACCAUUUUCCUUCUUGCUAAAAGCUAUGGUUUGCAACCAUUUUUACCAUUUUGGUUCAGUCUAAAAAUGUCUGACAUCAUUAAACCUGCAAUAAUAUAUAUAUUAUAUAUGAUGUAAGUCUGAUGGAGAGAGAACUUUAUUUUUAUUAAAAUUUAUGAAAAAUUGUUUCUGUUUUAAAUACCGAGAAAGUGUUACCUGUCGAUUAUUCAGAUCAAAACAUUAAUUUUGAGAUUGUCAGGAUAUAAUUAUUAAUAACAUUUAAUUUGUCGACAAGAGAUUAUUAUUGGUAUUUGGUAUGUUUUAUUAUUUUUCAUCAAUACGGGUUCCUGCAGUGUCAUAUAUUGGCUCUUCUACCAAUAAUAUUUGGCAUUAUAGUUGGAAUUAUUUUCACUUUCAUAUAUAUAUUGAUUGCAAAGUGGGUUUUUUUUGUAUAGUUUUGGUGGACCCGGAACCUACAAGACAAAAAAAAACAUCAUUUAUUUUAAUUAUAUGAUUAAAAUUUCAUUCAAACUUAAUCUGAUGUGAUUGAUUUGGUGACUUUUUAGGAUUGAAAGAUCUGAUAAGUUCAAAUGAGGCACUCCAGGAAAAAAACAUGGCGCUUUUGGUCAUUAAUAUUUUGUUUUCUUAAAUUUAUCUUACAAACACUUCAUAUCAAAGGUUGGGAAUUUCUUAAAUGAAUUUUACAUUAGUGAUCUGUGAUAAAAAUUAAAAGGUGAACAUUAAUAAAUAUUUUUGCUUAAUCUUUAAAAAAAAAAAAAAUUAUGUAAUGAUAAAGGAUGAUAUAAAAUAGGAAUGAUAGUUUCAACUAGGAGAUAACUGACAUGUUUUACUUAACUGCCAUUUCUUUUAUGUUCAUUGGGGUAUGAAUAAUGAAUUAAAAAAAUCAUUAGCAAACUGGAUGAUUUCUUUUGUUCAUACUCAGAUGAAUGGAAAAUAAAUAACAAUCAUUACAAAACAAAUUAAAACAUACUUACCAAUAAACUAAAAAUUAAACAUUCAUUUUUUUUUGUUUUGUUUUUUUUUGGUUCUAAACAAAAAUGCUCAACAAUACAAAAUACCAAUAUAAAGUGACGUCAUCAAAUAAGAUGUUCCUUUACAAGAGUAAUUGGAUUACUUGUAAUAAAUGUAACCGAAAAUUAAUUUAUAUGUUAAUUGGACUUCCAUCAUUGGCAGACAAAUUGGUAUGUAAACCAAUUAUUGCACAUAUGAUUAAAGUUACAAAUAACUAUUUACUUACAAAAAAUAUUGAGUCUUUUUCAGAUGAAAGUAGUUCAUGAAUUCUUUAUAUUAUGACAGAAGAUGUUUGUAUGGGAGUCUCGGUGUCAUGACAGUAACAAAAUGCAUUUUGACUAGGGAAACUAGGAGGCUGUUUUCUUCGCCUGUAACUAUAUUUACUGUGUAUGUAUACUAUGUAAAAUACAUAAAUAAAUAAUUUAAUUUUUUCCCCUGUUUUUUAGACACAAAUCAUAAGUUGCUAGCAACAAUUAUACAUUUAAAUAUUUAAAAAAUGUAUAUAAUCUUAAAUUUGCAAAACAAUAUGAUAACUUUGUAUUUUUUAAAUAUUUAAUUGCUAGAAAUAUCCUGGUAGUUUGGUGGGUUUUUUAAAUGCAAAACAUAAAAUUUCUAACUGUUAAAAGAGACACAAUUAAUGCAUUUCAUAUCUGUAAUAUACAUGUAAUUGAAAACCAGAAUGAAAAAAUAUACCACAUGCAUUUAAUAUUUUAAAGAACAUUGUAAUCUUUUCAUAUACUGUAUUCCAGUUAGAAGUGUUUUUUAUUUAAUGACACACUUGACAUCUUUUUAUUUAUGGUUAUAUGGUAUCAGGCAUAUGGUUACGGAGAACACCAAUAAUUAGAGGAAACCUGCAGUGCCACUUCAUGGGCUACUCUA